ACACCACUAGAUGACAACGGGCGACCAUUUAUAAUUUGCAAAUAUUCUGAAAUAUCGAGUUAGUAAUCGAUUAGUAAUGGAAAACAAUUGCUAGUUUGGCUGUUUUUCGAUGAGAAGGAAUAUUAAAUUAUUGAUCAUUUGCUGUUUAGUGAACAAUUUUUGGGAAGGUCGUAAUUACAUUAACUUACUAUUGUCGAAGCUGACUUAUUAUAUAUCUAUUAUUUAAACAAUAAGUUAUAUUCUCUCAGGAUAGAGGAUAAUAAGCAGUAUCAGUUGUGAAACUCCUGCGUCCUCGACAUUGUUACCAUACUUGAUGAUGACGUCAGGAAAGAGUUCGAAUAUACUCUUGUAGUAACCAACAGGUUCCAACAGGAUUGACAAAACUAAUUAGAGACAUACUGAUCUUUAUAAAAUACUAAGAUGAAUAGUCCAAAUAGAAGUUACAAGUAUGUCAAGCCCAAAGCUGACGGAAAUCUAGUACCUGGAUCUUUUUUGAAUUCUAAAAUAUUUCCUAAAAUGUCAAUUGAAAGUACACAUGUAGAACCUCAAUCAUUCACUGCAAAUGUUUAUAUAAAUCCAAAUUUUAAGCUGCAGAAACCAACAAUGCAUAUCAAUCCAAAGAUUCGUGCUAAGCCUUCGAUACAUGUUAACCCAAAAAUGGUCCAUGAUAUUGCAAGUUCAAAUCAAAACUUACAAAGUAGUACACUGGGCACAAUAAAAGCAAGUAUCGGUAGUAACAUUAUGCAAGCAAAUAUUAAAAGAUCUAUAUAUGUCAACCCAACAUUAUUGAAAGGUUUAUCCUCUUCUUCUGAUUAUAAUUCUAAUGAAGUACAUAGAAGAGAGCAACCUGUUUGCUCAAAAAUGCCUCUUAAAAAUAUGAGUGAUCAAAAAGUUACUCCAAAGAAACUUGCUUCUGAUUCUGAUGUUGUGCUCCUGUCGCGCAGAAAGCUCGUUAGAGUAACUGGUACUGCAAAUAAUUUAUUAGGAACUUCCACACUUCCAUUAUCCCAAUGUAAGUUACGAGAAUCUACAAACCUAACAGAAAAAAGAUCCGGUACUAUUGUGCAAAAAGUUGUAAAAGUUCCAUCAGUAAUGAGUAAUAUGUUGCAAUGUACAAACUUGAGGCAUACCAAUGUACCAAAACUAAACAUUAAUAAAUCUAAAGUGACCAAGUAUAAGAUAGAUAGGACCGUAUUAAAUACACCGAAGAUUAAGGGAAGUCAGAAUUCUCUGAAAAGGAGAAAAAUUACAAACAACACAGUAGGAUUGGUUACCAUCGGUGGCAUUGUAUACAAAUCUUCCAAAAAUAGAUUAAUCCGGAGAAGCUAUUUAUUGAAACGAAAACGGUCGACGAAUGGAAACGACGAUAAACUCAUUUCUACUAAAAAGUUACGCCCUAACAAGGAAAUUCCAACACAUUACACAUUGGACACAAACACUCUCGGUGUGAAAACACGACGUGCUUCCAAUAUAUCAUCCAAAACUAUUUAUAAAAACACUAUCAGUAACAAAGUGAAGCAAAGAAGUCUACAAAUUCUACGAAAUAAAAUGCGCAAGAAUAAUCAGCCUUGUUUGAUCUUUCAACGAUUUGGAUAUUGCCAAAACUACAAAAAUGGAACAUGCCCAAAACAACAUGACAAGAAGCAAGUGUCAAUCUGCAAGAAAUUUUUGCAGGGAAAGUGUCUCUUAGAUAAAUGCCCGUUAUCGCACGACGUCGGUCCUGAAAAAAUGCCUACAUGCAAGUACUUCCUCGAUGGUUGCUGUACAAGAGAUGCCUGCCCGUAUCUUCAUGUUAAAGUGUCUUCGAACACUUCAAUCUGCAUAGACUUUUUACAGGGAUACUGUGUCAAGGGAAAUGAGUGCCAGCGACGUCACGAAUACCUGUGCCCUGAGUUCGAUAAGAGAGGGAUCUGUAGCAAAGGUGAGUACUGCGUUUAUCCUCAUAAAUCACAUACAUCUAAUGUCGAGGAAAACAUUAAGUAUUUGAGCAAAAAAAUGCACGAUGUGAAAAAGUAUCAAGCUACACCCGUCGCGAAGGUCGAUACCGAGACUUCGAAUCUGGAAUGUAGAUUAAGGUAUUACGAAACAACUGAUAAUUCCAUCGAUUCUCUCGAAAAGAAGAAAGAAAAUAUUUUAAGAAAACUGCAAAUUAUGAAAACUACUUUAAAUAACGUCCCAACCGCCGAUUCUACAAAUCAGAUGCAAAGUAACGAAACGAACGAGUCCUUGAUCAAAGAAGACGAAAGUAAAUCGAUGACAAGUAUUGCGAGUAAUGCCAGUAAAAGACGGGCACCCAUUGGCUUGUUACCCGCUUAUAUCCCCAUUAAUUAAUGUCCGUAUAAUUUUAGAAUAUACGAUUUGAACUAACUCAAGAUAAUAGGAAAGAGGUUAAUGUAGUAUUUUAACGGUAAUUAUACGUGUAAUUAUACGUCUGAAUAUUUUACUCUUCAACGAUACUUUGUAUAACUAACAAUUUUUCAUACUGAUACUUUUAAUGGGCAAAGUUAAAGACGAAUAUAAAUAUGAGUAUACAUAAAUUAGAUAGUUUGUUGGCCCAUACAAUGCUGAUAAAUAAUUUUUUAUCGGCGAAAGUGGGAUGUCAUCUGUGAUAAUUAUUACACGAUGUAUUAUGUUGAAAUACUUCCAAUUAUCUGUCAUAUUACACAAGCAUUUAAUUAUGAUAUUAUAUUAUCAUCAACUUUUGUUUUAUUUAAUUUUUUACCUAGAAUGAUUUACGAGAAUAUUGAACAAAAUAAUAAUAACGUAUCA